AUGAGCCUGCUGAGGGAUAUGAUAGGCCAGAAUCUUACCACUCUGGAAAUUCAAUCAAAUCUCGCGAAAAAGAAUGUUGAAUCAAUGAUCGACAAGAAGGAGCAUUCAGAAGGAAUAACAUCAACCAUCAUCCGUAGCAUCAGUCAUCAGAGUGAGACUUUGGCGCAUGACCGUGCCACGCUGCAGAGUUAUUCGUCUACCAUCCUGAAGGAAAGACAGUCUCUUGAUCACCAGCUAUCACACCUGGAGGAGCAGUUAGAAGGGUCAACAUCAAGUAUCAGCGAAAGCAUCAAUCAUCAGAGUUAUUCUUUGUCUCAUAACAGCGCCACGCUGCAGAGUCGUUCGUCUACCAUCCUGAAGGAAAGAUUGUCUCUUGAUCACCAGCUAUCACACCUGGAGGAGCAGUCAGAAAGAUCAACAUCAAGCAUCAGUCAUCAGAGUGAGACUUUGGCGCAUGACCGUGCCACGCUGCAGAGUUAUUCGUCUACCAUCCUGAAGGAAAGACAGUCUCUUGAUCACCAGCUAUCACACCUGGAGGAGCAGUCAGAAGGGUCAACAUCAAGUAUCAGCGAAAGCAUCAAUCAUCAGAGUAAAUCUUUGGCUCAUAAGAGCGCCACGCUGCUGAGUCGUUCGUCUACCAUCCUGAAGGAAAGACAGUCUCUUGAUCACCAGCUAUCACACCUGGAGGAGCAGUCAGAAAGAUCAACAUCAAGCAUCAGUCAUCAGAGUGAGACUUUGGCGCAUGACCGUGCCACGCUGCAGAGUUAUUCGUCUACCAUCCUGAAGGAAAGACAGUCUCUUGAUCACCAGCUAUCACACCUGGAGGAGCAGUCAGAAGGGUCAACAUCAAGUAUCAGCGAAAGCAUCAAUCAUCAGAGUAAAUCUUUGGCUCAUAAGAGCGCCACGCUGCAGAGUCGUUCGUCUACCAUCCUGAAGGAAAGACAGUCUCUUGAUCACCAGCUAUCACACCUGGAGGAGCAGUCAGAAAGAUCAACAUCAAGCAUCAGUCCUCAGAGUGAGACUUUGGCGCAUGACCGUGCCACGCUGCAGAGUUAUUCGUCUACCAUCCUGAAGGAAAGACAGUCCCUCGAUCACCAGCUAUCACACCUGGAGGAGCAGUCAGAAGGGUCUACAUCAAGUAUCAGUCAUCAGAGUGAGACUUUGGCACAUGACCGUGCCACGCUGCAGAAUCGUUCGUCUACCGUCUUGAAGGAAAGACAGACUCUCGAUCACCAGCUAUCACACCUGGAGGAGCAGUCAGAAGGAUCAACAUCAAGUAUCAGCGAAAGCAUGAAUCAUCAGAGUAAAUCUUUGGCUCAUAAGAGCGCCACGCUGCAGAGUCGUUCGUCUACCAUCCUGAAGGAAAGACAGUCUCUUGAUCACCAGCUAUCACACCUGAAGGAGCAGUCAGAAAGAUCAACAUCAAGCAUCAGUCAUCAGAGUGAGACUUUGGCGCAUGACCGUGCCACGCUGCAGAGUCGUUCGUCUACCAUCCUGAAGGAAAGACAGUCUCUUGAUCACGAGCUAUCACACCUGGAGGAGCAGUCAGAAAGAUCAACAUCAAGCAUCAGUCAUCAGAGUGAGACUUUGGCGCAUGACCGUGCCACGCUGCAGAGUCAUUCGUCUACCAUCCUGAAGGAAAGACAGUCCCUCAAUCACCAGCUAUCACACCUGGAGGAGCAGUCAGAAGGGUCAACAUCAAGUAUCAGCGAAAGCAUCAAUCAUCAGAGUAAAUCUUUGGCUCAUAACAACGCCAAGUUGAAGAGUCGUUCGUCUACCAUCCUGAAGGAAAGACAGUCUCUUGAUCACCAGCUAUCACACCUGAAGGAGCAGUCAGAAAGAUCAACAUCAAGCAUCAGUCAUCAGAGUGAGACUUUGGCGCAUGACCGUGCCACGCUGCAGAGUCGUUCGUCUACCAUCCUGAAGGAAAGACAGUCUCUUGAUCACGAGCUAUCACACCUGGAGGAGCAGUCAGAAAGAUCAACAUCAAGCAUCAGUCAUCAGAGUGAGACUUUGGCGCAUGACCGUGCCACGCUGCAGAAUCGUUCGUCUACCGUCUUGAAGGAAAGACAGACUCUCGAUCACCAGCUAUCACACCUGGAGGAGCAGUCAGAAGGAUCAACAUCAAGUAUCAGCGAAAGCAUCAAUCAUCAGAGUAAAUCUUUGGCUCAUAAGAGCGCCACGCUGCAGAGUCGUUCGUCUACCAUCCUGAAGGAAAGACAGUCUCUUGAUCACCAGCUAUCACACCUGAAGGAGCAGUCAGAAAGAUCAACAUCAAGCAUCAGUCAUCAGAGUGAGACUUUGGCGCAUGACCGUGCCACGCUGCAGAGUCGUUCGUCUACCAUCCUGAAGGAAAGACAGUCUCUUGAUCACGAGCUAUCACACCUGGAGGAGCAGUCAGAAAGAUCAACAUCAAGCAUCAGUCAUCAGAGUGAGACUUUGGCGCAUGACCGUGCCACGCUGCAGAGUCAUUCGUCUACCAUCCUGAAGGAAAGACAGUCUCUUGAUCACCAGCUAUCACACCUGGAGGAGCAGUCAGAAGGAUCAACAUCAAGUAUCAGCGAAAGCAUCAAUCAUCAGAGUAAAUCUUUGGCUCAUAAGAGCGCCACGCUGCAGAGUCGUUCGUCUACCAUCCUGAAGGAAAGACAGUCUCUUGAUCACCAGCUAUCACACCUGAAGGAGCAGUCAGAAAGAUCAACAUCAAGCAUCAGUCAUCAGAGUGAGACUUUGGCGCAUGACCGUGCCACGCUGCAGAAUCGUUCGUCUACCGUCUUGAAGGAAAGACAGACUCUCGAUCACCAGCUAUCACACCUGGAGGAGCAGUCAGAAGGAUCAACAUCAAGUAUCAGCGAAAGCAUCAAUCAUCAGAGUAAAUCUUUGGCUCAUAAGAGCGCCACGCUGCAGAGUCGUUCGUCUACCAUCCUGAAGGAAAGACAGUCUCUUGAUCACCAGCUAUCACACCUGAAGGAGCAGUCAGAAAGAUCAACAUCAAGCAUCAGUCAUCAGAGUGAGACUUUGGCGCAUGACCGUGCCACGCUGCAGAAUCGUUCGUCUACCGUCUUGAAGGAAAGACAGUCUCUUGAUCACCAGCAAUCACACCUGGAGGAGCAGUCAGAAGGAUCAACAUCAAGUAUCAGCGAAAGCAUCAAUCAUCAGAGUAAAUCUUUGGCUCAUAACAGCGCCACGCUGAAGAGUCGUUCGUCUACCAUCCUGAUGGAAAGACAGUCUCUUGAUCACCAGCUAUCACACCUGGAGGAGCAGUCAGAAAGAUCAACAUCAAGCAUCCGCCGACGAGUCAAUCUGCAAAGUGAAACUAUGACUCAGACACAGGAGAGUCAAUCGUCUACCGUAAUGAAGGAACGACCGUCCGUUUAUCAGCAGCUAUCACAGUUGAGAGAACUAUCACAAGAGUCAACAUCAAGCAUCAGUCGAAGUAUUUUCCGAAAAAAUGAAACUAUCGCUCAAAACCUUCCAACGCUACAGAGUCAAUCAGUGUCAACCAGCUGA